AUGCUCGCCCGCUCCGUGUCUCGUGCCGCGGCAUUGAAUGCACGCCUGGCGCCGUUACUAGCCGCUGGUCGCACGGGCAUUGGCGCACUGCAAUCUGCGCGUUUCUCGGACGCCCCGACGAUGCACGGGACGACGAUCUUGUGCGUGCGAAAAGGCGACCAAGUGUGCCUUAUUGGAGACGGUCAAGUGUCGCUGGGCCCUACUGUGGUCAAGCCCAAUGCCAAGAAAGUGCGUCGCAUUGGCGACCACAUUGUCGCGGGGUUCGCUGGCUCGACGGCCGAUGCGUUUACGCUCAUGGAACGGCUGGAAGCCAAGCUGGACGAGUAUCCGGGCCAGCUCACUCGCUCAUGUGUGGAGUUGGCCAAGGCGUGGCGAACGGACAAGUACUUGCGUCGUCUGGAGGCGACGAUCAUUGUGUCGGACUUGAAGCAGUCGUACACGCUGACGGGCAAUGGAGACGUACUGGAGCCUCAUGACGGAAUCAUUGGCAUUGGCUCGGGAGGGUCCUAUGCUCUGGCGGCUGCCCGUGCACUUAUUGACCAGGACCUGGACGCUGAGACGAUUGCUCGCAAGGCCAUGCAGAUUGCUGCUGAUAUCUGCAUAUACACGAACGGAAACGUUGUUGUGGAGAUGCUGGAGGAGGGGAAGCACGAUGCUGGGAUGGAAAAAGAAAACAAAGAGUAG